ACCCACCCGCCCCGCUUCCCCGCCUUCCGUCUGCUGGGCUGCUGGCGCCUGCGCGCGGCGGGUUCCUGGUGCGCGCGCGGCCCGUGCCCGACCCCGCUCCGCCCCGGCCGGCGAUGGCGGCGCCGCGGCCGCUGUGUCUGCUGUGGGUGCGGGGCCUGGCGCUGCUGUGGGGCUGCGCCGGCACGGGGCUGGCUCAGCUCACCGCCACGGCUCCGCCAGCACCGGCACACGCAUGUUCAGAGUUUUCCCAGAGGUCCUGUGAAGAAUGUCUAAAAAAUGUUUCGUGCCUUUGGUGUUACACCAACAACACUUGUAUUGAUUACCCUGUGAGAAGCAUCCUUCCACCAUCUUCAGUAUGUGCACUCUCGAAUGCUCGAUGGGGAGUUUGCUGGAUAAACUUUGAAGCUUUAAUUAUUGCCAUAGCUGUAGUAGCUGGACUCAUUCUGCUGUCUGUCACAGUCUGUUGCUGUUACUGCUGUUACUGCAGAAAGCGUUCCAGGAGUACACCAGAUGAAGAAGAGGAACAGCUAGCUAGGAAGAGAGAGGAACGAAGACUUCAGUCUCUUCAGAGGAAACAUGAAAGAAAACUGAAGCAUGAUGAAAUACGCAAGAAAUAUGGUCUUCUCCAGGAUUCUGAUAAUCCAUACAGCAGAUUUGAGAAUGAAUAAAGCUGAGCACCUUCCACUAGAGCUGUAACUCCUGAAUACAGAAAGAUUGUUUUCAUUUGCCUUUUGGGCUCUUUUCUGCAAAGAUUUUUGUUUUCCUGGUUGUAAAACUAGGGGUAGAUAAAGACUUCAUGAAAUAUAAAUUUCUAUCAUCUACGUAUAUAGAAGUAAUUUUUUUAUAAAUGCUUUUGGUUGUUGAAACGGUUUCUGUAUUUUAUGGUGACAUUUAAUUGUGAAAUAGUAUCUUUCCUUAUCUUGAAACUGUGUUUCUUUAUUUGAUGUAGAUGACUUGUAGUUGCAAUCAUGUGUUUGAAUUCAGCCUUAACUGAAUAAGAUAUCUUGAAGUUUUUUCCUUGCUUUAUAUUUGUUUGAUUAAAAAUAAAAGGCAACAGGGAAGCACAGCUUCACACAGCAGAAAUAGCUGAUGUUGGUACUGAUGAGAAAAUACACCAGGCCCAUUCUUACGUACUACCAUAGUAAGAACUGGGUGGAGUUUUAGCCCCUCUGGAAAAAGAUCUUCAAGAGUUUAAUGUCUGAGCGUUGAGAGGAGCAUACUUGUCUUUGAAUAAUGCAGCUCAGUUGUGGAAAUGUUAAGGUGUACUUUGGAUGUAUCACUGAUGUGAGAAAGAAAUUAUUUCUGUUUGCAAAUUGGAAGAAGGUCAUUCUUGAACUUAAAUGUAGGCACACAAACCUACAUUUACAAGAAACAGCUUGUGUGAACACUUUCUUCUGGUAAGCUUAAUGUAUAAUUAACAAAAAAAAAAGAGAUCCUUCAGUUUACCAGGGUUGACCCUGGCCAGCAGCUCAGCACCACCCAGCUGUUCCCUCCCUCCCUGCAGUGGGAUGGAGGGCAGAAUGGGAACAGCAAAAGUGAGAACUCUUGGGUGUGGGGAUCAAGACAGUUUAAUAAGUGAAGAAAAAGACGGUAGGGGGAAAAAGUGAUGCAUAGGCAGUGGCCACCCCCCCAGAAGCAGACCUCUGCCCACCCUCUUCCCAGUUUUUGUUGCUGAGCAUGAUGUUAUAUGGCCUGGAGUAUCCCUUUGGUCCGUUCUGGCAAGAUGUCCCAACUGUGUCCCCUCAUCUUGCCCACCCCUGGCCUACUUGCUGAAGUGGGUGGAGUGGGGAGAGAUGAAACCUUGAGGCUGUGCAAGCACUGCAGCAAGAGCCAAAGCAGGGGUGUGUUACCAGCACUGUUCUAGACACAAAGCCAAAGCGAAGCACCAUUUGGGCUGCUGUGAAGAGAGUUACCUCCAUCUCAUCCAACUCCAGUACAGUAAGAAAGCAGUAUUUUUUUUAACUUUUGAUUGUUCUUUUGGUAUUUCUAUAAUGUGAUUUAUUUCCUCUGUCUUUCCAUAGCAGUGUUUCAUUAAGCAUUUUUACUAGCUUACCAGUAUGAUGCAACAAGCAAAGAGCUCUUCCUGCUAGUCUAAUGCAAGUACCCAUUUAUUCUGUACAGUUUAAAUAACUUCCAUUGCUGUAUAUUAUCCAGUAAACCGAUGUAUAAUAUUGAAGAUGUGUUAUUUUUAUCAAUGUUCCUAAAAUAAACACUUUAAUUUGG